UCUCUUUCUGCACACCUCCGUCAGCACUCUGCAGUUAAACUACUGUUAAUGUACUGCCGACCCACGUUACAAUUACCAUUCAGUUUGCAUUUGCACAUCACGGUUCAUUUACUUUGCACCUUUUGGCACACAGUUGUAUUUGUACAUUUUUCUAUUCACUCACUGUGUCUUUAUAAUUAUUAACAUUUAUAUCAGUUUUUACUCUUAACUUAUUUACUUCCUUUGACUGAGUGUUUGAGCAGCUGCAACGGAGCAGUUUCCCUGCAGCGAUCAAUCGAGUUUUUCUGAAUCCGAUCCUGCCUACAGCUCGCUACACUUUGACUCGCAGUACUCAGGGGGAGUUUUUAAAAACACCACUUGGGGCCGUAAUGCUUUCACUCGUAUGUCUGGCGGAGUGUGUUUGGUAGUAUAUAAAAGUCGAGUGGGCUUGAGAAGGCGAGGGUUGUUGCCGGGGUGGCCCUUUCGUGGAGGCAGUGGGUGCCAUGGUAAACUCGAUUCGUAUCGAACUCGCAUUAAAAAAAAAAAAUUACCAGUAGAAAAAUAGCUCGGUCGUUCCUUUCCGGGCGAGCGCCAACCGGAGGGAGGAGGCGGACUGGGGCGUCCAGUCCGGAGUUUGCGGCUCGCUCGGCGUUUCUCAAGUUUCACUCCGGCGCGUGCUCUGGCCCGUCCGCUUUGUGUUGUCAGGCAGAAAGACACAUCAGCCAGAGCGGCGUGUGUCCAUGGUACACGGGCACACCGUCGGCGACCGGAAUCAAACGUCGGCCACUCGCCUCGUCGUCCGUCCACAAGUAGCCAGCUUGCCGUUGACCAUUUCGCUCCGUUUUUGUAACCAUGUCGGUGGGAGUGGAGUCUGGAUUCUCGAGCGAGGAGGUCUUAAACAGCCGCUUCCCUCUCCAUCGGGCAUGCAGGGAUGGGGAUGUCGGCGCCUUGUGCGCCCUCCUUCAGUGCACUUCAAACCCGGCUGACCUCACCGUGGAGGACACCUUCUACGGCUGGACGCCUAUACACUGGGCCGCUCAUUUCGGAAAGUUGGAGUGUGUGAUGCGUCUGGUUCAGGUGGGCUCUGGUGUGAAUGCGGUGACCUCCAGGUUUGCACAGACGCCCACUCACAUUGCUGCAUUUGGGGGCCACCCUGAGUGCUUGUUAUGGCUACUCCAAGCUGGUGCAGAUAUUAACAGACAGGACUAUGUGGGCGAGACGCCCAUCCACAAGGCUGCUCGAGCGGGCAGUCUGGAGUGUAUCAACGCUCUCUUGAUUCAGGGAGCGAAAGCUGAUAUGAGGAAUGCCAGUGGGCUGACUGCUGCUGACCUGGCCCACGCCCAGGGAUUCCAGGAGUGUGCUGAGAUUCUCUCCAAUGCCCAGAACUUCCAACAAAACAUGGCUCAGUCCCAUAACGGGUCUUUUCUGAAUGGCAUGACCCAGAAUGGGGGCCAUGCUCACCCCACCAUCCAGGGACGCAGCUUCUUAAAUGGUGUGCCCAACAGAAAGCGGUCGUUCGAUUGCAUGGAAGCAAACCCAGUGAAGAAGGCUAGACCUAACGGUCUGGGCAUGCCAACAGUAAUGCUGAAUGGGAAUGGGCCACUGGGUGGUGCUGGAGAGACCCAGAUGGAGAGCAUGAGCAUGGAGUUGGCAGCAACUGUAACCUCAGUGGCAGGUGAGAGAAAGUGUGAGGAUCUUUCCUCAAAUGGUUACAAUCAACCACAGCUUCCAUUUGGGUAUGACCCAGCAGCAGAAAUCCUCCACGACCAACACACCUACAGUGACUCACCUGAGACCAACAGCACUGCAGGCAGCCAGGUGGAGCACCAGAAGUCUGUGAAAGAAGAGCAAUUGUAUGACCAUGCCCUCUUCAGCACCAUGCUUCUUUACCAUGGAUCUUAAAGUACAAAGGAUCUAGUUGACAGGCUGUCAUUUUUUUCCGGAAUCUCAUGUCAACCUAAAUAAGCAUUCAUUUGCCUUAAAGCCAUUGAGUGGUACAGUUAUUCACUGAUUUGUUUAUUAUUUGUUGUUGUAAAGGGCAGGCCCAUUGUAGUGGGUGGAUCUGAAAUGUGUAACUGAUAAAAUUGAUUAAGUAGUGGAUUUUUGUCAGUGUCCUUCGAGAGAAAGUAUUUGUUUAAUUAAGCUGUAAAUAGCCGUGUUCUGAUAUACACUAAAAUGGGCAUCUGUAUUGAACCAGUGCCAAUACUUAAAUUUUGUUUUCUGUCUCAGCUAGAAGCGGGUUGACUUCCCCCGCUACAUAUUAAUAAAAACAAGGCAAGUGCAUCCUAUGUUACUCAUUAAUAA